ACACUAAGAUUAUGUAAUGCAAUGCAAAUGUCUUCAUCCUUUAAAAUUUCGCAUUCUUGACUAUUUUCAGUAGUUAUCACUGGGAUUAAGAAAGAUGUUUCUCUGUUUGUUUGUUUUUUGCCUUUAAUUGUUUGCUUGAACUCGAAUCUCGACUUUCUAUAACGACCAAAAAAAAUCUCUCUGGAACUAUCGCUUUUAGCAGUUCUGUUUCGAGAAAAAUGGAAUAAAAAUGGAUACAGUGGAUAUUUCACCACAGAGAAAUGCUUUCCAUUGCAGUGUUUUUAUCCUUCGUUGCGACGCCAUGACUGGUCCAGAUGUAAUCUGAGUCUCGAACAAAUGAGAAAGAGUUUUUUCUGGGGGGGGAACAGUUGGAGAACAAGAUGGCUGUCCUGGACCACGAAAAGUACCGUUACCGUUUUACUUAAAACCGAGCGUUUCAGUGCGGUCGUCAGUGUUGUGUAAAAAUACGUAGCGGGAACAAGUUUAGCUUUGAGUUAGAUAACACGUCGCUUCAGAAGCAUCCUUUUCUAGACGAGGGACAUCGUUGAUUUUUGAGACGCAAAUGCAGACGACUGGAUGUUUUCCUCAUGGAAACUUUCCUAACGGUUCGGUGAGUGGAAACUAAAGGAAGAACGGAGACGAGCAAGACAACGAUUAAGCUUCGUGUAGUUAGUUAUUUGACACGUUUAGGCGCUGAGUUAAUGGUUGGAAACGUCGAAAUGACUCAGUCGCUCUAAAGUAUUUGAAGUGCUUUGGGGUCUUUGCAGCACGUUGGACUUCACAGAUGUCCCAUUUAAAGUAAGAAAAUAAAACAUAGUGGACCAUGAGUUCUUCCCGAGUCAGACCGCAACAGUCACCACAGAGUCAGACUGGCAGGUUGCCUCACCGACUUGACGCAGGGGAAGGGAUAGAGAUGGAGAACAUCCAACCUCAAGACCUGUGUCUCGGGGGAGUCAUAGGUGCCCCGUCCCCUCCGUCGAGGCAAGCGUGGAGCCGCGACAAUCCCGGUUUCGAGCCUGAGGACGAGAUUAUGGAAGCUGACUGGCCUCCGGCUGGUCCCGGGAGGAGGUCAGUAUCCACAGCCUCCAGUAGCAGCUGCAGCAGCGGCCUCGGGAGCUACACCGGUGGAGGCAGCAGCACCCACAUAACCCGAGGAUGGUUGUACCCGACCCCGACUGUGGAUGCCCAGCAGCAGGACAGGCACGAGCAUCUUAGUUGCAUGAAGCAGAUACUUCAGAAGAUACGAGGUUGGUGACACACAGUUCGUACUUUUUCGAUUUGAAUGCAUGACCAAGUCUGCAGAAAAAUGCUCUGUUAUUGUUUCGAGAAUUCACGGUGUAACAGUUAAUAAGCAGAGUAAAAUGUCUGAGUUUCCAUCCCAGUUUCUGUCUUAAGUUAUUUGUUUUAUAUUUAUUUUAUCCAUCAUUUUUGAGAGACUUUUGGUCUGUAGACUUUGACCAUUGGUUAAUACAAGUGUGGCCCUUCCUUAUAUUAUGGACUGUAUAUAGAACGGACAGCGUCUGCCUUCCAGAACAGCACCCUCUGGUGACGGGCUGCAGUAUAGGUCAUAAAUCCCGCCUCCUUCAGCAAUCCCUAUGGAGCUGUGGACAAACUUUAGAUAUUUAUUACACAGAACAUACCCCCCCCCCCCCCUGCGAUGUUGACAUGUAGUUAUUAUAAGACUAGUUUGUGCUCAAGUCCUCUUUUUUCUGUACAGCUCAAUUUAAAAAAGUUAUUAGGGGGUUCAUGUUUUUUAUGAUUGACACCUGAUACAGCCUAUGGGCGUACAAGGAUUGCAUGGCUCACCUGGGGGAUACGCUGUUUGAGCUGAGCAUCAUCACAGUGACUCUCGGCGACUCUCCCGCCGAAUGCGUUCAAUACUACUGUGCAAGUGGUGGAGUGCGUACAAGGCUACUGCGCAAUGUUGGUUUCAGGAAAUGGAGAAAAAACGCAGAAUUACAGAGAGCUUUCUGGCUUCAAAUCUGUAUACUGGCGGAAGGCGGAACCAAGUUGUCCAUCGUAUAUACAGUCUAUGAUUACAACCAACUGACGCAAAAGUAACAGUGAAAGUAAUAUUUUUACCUGCACUUUUUAUAGAUAUAAUGACAGUGAAAAAUUAAUAAUAAUCAUUAUCAUUUAUCCUCUCUUACAAUCUCUUCUUUGAUCAUGAAAAUUUUGAGCAGUCAAAUUUGAUUCUUUGAGUCUCUCACAACCUUUGUCCUACAAUGUACUGUUGAUGUGCUGGUGUCUGAAUUACUGUUUGUCUCUGCAGUUCUGUGGGGCACAGAACUAAUGGAGGACAGCGACAGCAGCAGAGAGAGGUACCUCAGGAACAUACUGAGGGAGAUGCUCACAUACAUUGCAUUCCUCAUCACUCUUUGUAUUUGUAAGUAAAGAGACAAAUACUGCAACAUGAAUCAGUAUCAAUGUAAUCAGUUUCUGUACAUUUUCUUAAAGCUUUACCAGGGUCCUCAGUCUUUUUGAGCUGUAGUAACACUCAUGAAUGCCUUGGCAUCUUUCUUGGGGCUAAAAACUUAUUUUCAAACUUAGAUUUGCUGAUUAGUCAUGGCAGAGAGAAAUGUAAUCUUUGACCAUUUUCAGUGUGUUUACAUUUCAGUAACUGCACGACUUUGAUGUCUGCAGUUUGUCAUUGCAAACUAAUUGAUAGAAAUCCCACAUUUAAAAUGUGUAGGGCUGGAAAAACAGCCGUAAAGGUUUUGUUCCUUCUUUUUGCUGCAAUGAAAACUGCCAAACUGUGGUUUGGGGUGGAUCAGGAAAUAAUUUCCCCUCAGACUGCAUUAAGGCACACUCCGCUGGGCAGAGGUUCACCAUUAAAAGCUCUUUCCAGAGCUACUCCCUGAUGAAUACUGGAAGCUACAGAGAAUAGAAACUCAGUGGACUAUGAAAAUUAAGAUCUGAGGUUGUUUUGUUACCAUGUCCUCUGGGGCAUUCAGCAGGUGAUAGGGCAGAUUUAUGCAUUCAGAGGUGUUUUUACGAUUUUAACAGAGGCUAAUUAUGCAACAGGAAUGUCGGUGAAUGUGGGAUAUGAAUUUAUGUUUUCCGCUCUGCAGUGACGUAUGGGAUGGUGAAUGCCAACAUGUACUAUUAUACCAAAGUCAUGUCUCAGCUUUUCCUGGACACACAGCUAUCUGUUGAGGACCCUUCAACUUUCAGAAGCCUCUCUACCAUGGAGGAUUUUUGGAAGGUAGAAGAGAAAAAAAUAAUCUCUUGUUUGGUUGAAAUCUUUUGUCCAGCUACCUGAAAUGUACUUCAGCUGUAAUUGUUAUCAUUUUGCAUCUUUAGAGAAGAUGCCUCUGUACAGACAGUUUAAAAGCAAUAACAACAUGAACUUUAUUCUUGUUUCUUCUGGUUUCCAGUUUGUUUUCAUGAAAGACUAUCUAUACAACCACUUUUACAAAAUAGGUAAAAUGCAAUAUUGACUGUUUUGACCACCUUAAUCCUGUCUGUUUUACACUUGUAGUUCACUCAAGGGCCUUUCCUGAAUGGCAUGUACUGGGAGGUGUGGUACAACAAUAAAAGCCUGCCUGAGAACCAAAGCCUAAUCUAUUAUGAGAAUCUCCUGCUCGGUGUGCCGCGGCUCAGACAGGUCAAAGUUAGAAACGAGUCUUGCUCUGUCCAUGAAGAUCUGAGGGAUGAAGUUCAGGACUGCUACAACAUGUACACCCCAUCCAAUGAGGACACCACCCCAUUUGGCCCCAAGAAUGGAACUGCGUAAGUCCAUGUUGGCAUGUUAAGAUAAUUUGAUUUUUUUCCAUUUUGGAGGAAACCAGUGCUUUAGAACUCAACUCUAAAAAGAAACCUUUCUUUACCUCAUCUAGUUGGGAAUAUACAACAGACAGUAAGAUGAAUGGGAGCAGUUACUGGGGACAGGUGUCUAAAUAUGGAGGUGGAGGAUACUACCAGGAUCUGUCUCGUACAAGAGAGGAGUCGGCUGUCCAACUGCAGUAUCUCAAAGACCACCUGUGGCUGGACAGAGGCACCAGAGCUGUCUUUUUUGACUUCUCUGUCUAUAACGGAAACAUCAACCUUUUCUGCAUUGUUAGGUAAGAUAUGUUGGAUAAAACAUUUCUGAUUCAAAUAUAAUUUAGUGCAGGAUGAUGAUCCGUUUUAUUGUACUUUUCUGAGCCAAAUGUUACAAAGUGCUUCUCAAGCAUGAUUCAGCAAAAAGAAUGUUGAAGGAAAGAACAAACAAACCAUUUGUUCACAGUACAAUGAUAAAGACACAAUAACAUCGAGUAGAAAUGAAAUGCAACAUUUAUUUAAAAAACAUAUGUAUCAGGAGAAAUAAAUGAGCUCAUUUGAUGGCGAGAAUAUGUGCAGUUUAAACAUUUGAACAAUUUGUAAAAUCUCAGUAACUACAUACUCAAAAUAAAUAAGGUGCAGUUUUAUUCACUUUAAAAAAAUCAUUCGUUCUACUGAAUUCUUGAUUUACCUGUUGAAUUCACCUCCUGUGCUUCAUAGAGCCAAAAAUCAAAAUUAAUUUCUUCUUCAAUAAACAGAAUGAUCUGAAAAGUGGAUUAAAACACUCACUGCAUCUUUAGGAGCCUGAAGUAACAUCUUCGAUAUGCCCUUUUUCACCCACCAGUACAAAAAUAAACACUCCCAAUUUUCUAUCAUGAAGGGCAAUGCAGAACAGCGAAUCAUGACAUGGAAGAAUUAUGAGUUCUAACGGUUGAAAUUUGCUGUCUCUGUCAGGCUGUUGGCAGAGUUCCCUGCAACUGGUGGGGUGUUGACCUCCUGGGAGUUCCAAACAGUCCGUCUGAUACGAUACACGUCCAGCUGGGACUACUUUGUGGGUGUGUGUGAGGUGGCAUUCUGCCUGUUCAUCCUCUAUUAUGUGGUGGAGGAGGUGCUGGAGAUCAACAUCCAUCGUCUGCACUACUUUAAGAGCCUGUGGAACUGUCUGGAUGUUCUCAUUGUUUUGGUAUGUUUCAAAGUAUCUGUUAAAGUCUACUUUCAUAUGAUUAAUACCACCCUAUUUAUGAUGCACAGAUUUAUUUUUCUGUCUUCCUUAUUUAGAUGAGUGUUGUUGCUAUUAUCAUGAGCAUAACCAGAACAGCUAUGGUUGGGAACCUUCUCAAAGGUUUGUUGGAGAACCACACUGCUCACCCCAUCUUUGAGCCUUUAGCCACUCUGCAGAUUCAGUUCAACAACCUGGCUGCAGUUAUCGUCUUUUUCUCCUGGGUCAAGGUAUAAAAUCUUUUACCGCAUUACCAAAGAAUAAACUGAACGCUGUUAACUAAUGUCAGAAAUAAUCUCUUCAAGCUUUUCAAGUUCAUCAACUUCAGUAAGACCAUGAGCCAGCUCUCCAGCACGAUGUCUCGCUGUGCCAAAGACCUUGUGGGUUUUGCCAUCAUGUUCUUCAUCAUCUUCCUGGCAUAUGCUCAGCUGGCCUACCUAGUGUUUGGUACUCAAGUUGAUGAUUUCAGCACUUUCCAAGCUAGCAUGUAAGAACACGAAGGAUAAAGUAAACAUAGGUAGAGAUUACUUUAACAGCUGGUGUUUCCUGUUUAGUAAUGUUGAAUGUUUGGCUGUUUUAGCUUCACCCAGUUCCGCAUCAUUCUGGGGGACUUUGAGUUCUCAAAAAUAGAGGAGGCUAAUCCAGUGCUCGGACCAAUCUACUUUACAACCUUUGUUUUCUUCAUCUUCUUUAUUCUCAUGGUGAGUUACCCAGUCAAACCUGUUUUGUUAACGUUGUCUCUUUUGCCUCUCGCCAACACAGAAAUACAUUUAGUCUCGUCUUUUCUGUACAGAACAUGUUCCUGGCCAUCAUCAACGACACAUAUUCUGAAGUGAAGGCUGAUAUGUCCCAGCAGAGGUCUGAAAUGGAAAUGACUGACCUAAUUAAAAAGGUAUUGAACUUCAUGUGGUGACUGAUUUUGCAAGGCACCAGCCAACACGUAAAUAAUGUCCAUUUGUGUGAUUCUUCAGGGUUAAUUUUUUUUCUUACCUGAGGAGGAGUGAUGACCCUAAAAAACACAUUUAAAGGCAGGGGUAAUAAGCUUUGAUGUGAGUCAAGACGCUGCACUGUAGGCUAUGCCAGGAAACCUUGAGUUCCCUCCUUUCAUACAUUUCUAAGGUCAAACAAGUUAGUCCAAAUGUUGCUCUUUCCCAUCAAAGUUUUACCGGUCUCCAAGGAGAAUUCUGAGCAGCACCAGUCCAGAUGAGGGAAUCAUAUCCCCUCUGUGUUUUCUGGGGUCUCUCACAAGUUUGGGAUGCCUAUCAAAUCUUUCAGUGGAUGAGACCCUAAUGGCUCCAUUCUACUGUGUUGAAUCAGGGUCUUGCUGUCCUUGAUCUGAACCAUAGGUCAGUCAGACAACUCAUAAUUAUGCUUUGAACCUUUUAAUGCAGCAGCAGAGUAUUGUUUGUGUUGUCAUGUGGAAAUAAUAUCUUAAGUUGGAUCCUGGGGUGGUGGUUGGGCUAAAAAUUGGAUCGCAGCACCCAAGUAUGGCAAUGGUGGCAACAGCAAAGCAGAGGCAGGGACUGGAAAUCUUGCAGCUCAAAUAGCACGCCAAAUUGAGAGGAUAUGUUUGCCACGUAGAUUGACGCAUGUCAAGUGUCAAAUCAGUGCAGCUCGAGCUUACAGGCUUCACUGGGAGCCAGAAUUUCUUAGGCUUUGUAGGAGAUGAGUGUUGGUAAGAUGACAAUGCUCUGUUAAAGGUUUUGGAGAUCUGUUGCACAAUAUUAAUGGUUAAGUAGUGUAGCAUGAUCUUUUGCUGUAUUCUCUCUGUGCUAGAGUUGCAUGUUUUCUUCUGACCCUGUUCUCUCAGGGGUGCAACAAAGCCUUGAUGAAAUUGAGAUUGAAGAAGACCGCAAUAGAUGACAUCUCAGAGAGUUUGCGUCAAGCUGGAGGCAAACUGAACUUCGACGAACUCCGCCAGGAUCUCAAAGGGUGAAAAUGAUGUCAAAUGUGUUUGAGGAUUUUACCAAGAUACUAUAUCAGUGUUAUUGUUGAGUUAAGUGGUUGUGUAUCUUCCAUUGCUGCUCAGGAAGGGACACACAGAUGCAGAGAUACAGGCCAUCUUUGCAAAGUAUGAUCAAGAUGGCGACCAGGAGCUAACAGAGCAUGAACACCAACAGAUGAGAGAUGAUCUGGAGAAAGAGAGAGUGAGUAAUGAUGCUAACAGGCUUAACUGUUUGUCACACAAUAACUGAUUUUAGUCAUUCAUCUUGAAAAGAAGAUGCAGAAGUAAAUGAAUCUGUUUGUUCAUGCUCAGCUACAGCUUCUGCACAUGUUCAGUGUUUCUGCUCAUUUGCUAGGAGGACUUGGAGCUAGAACGCAAUUCAUUAACUCGACCCAGCAGUGGGCGGAGCUUCCCACGUACCCAGGACGACUCCGAAGAAGAUGACGAUGAAGACAGUGGUCAUAGCUCUCGAAGGCGUGGUAGCAGCUCAGGGGGCGUCUCCUAUGAAGAGUUUCAAGUGUAAGAAACAUUUUUGUUGCUCUGUAACUUCAUCAAAUUCCAACCUCCCUGACAUUUUAAGUUCAGUUAAGUUUCAAGUUUCUGUCCGAGAACAAAAGCCCUAUCAUAAAAUUACAUACUCUUCUAUUUUGACCAAAGAAAAAGUCGAGCAGAGUUGCUGUUGCUGAACAUUUUCUACACUGACAUGUGAUGAAGUGAUCCUGAAAUUUCAUGUAAAUUAUAAUACAUUUUCUGCAUCAAUAGUGUUUUAUUAUCAGCUAAUUGCAGGGUGUUUUUAAUAUUCACUUGAUGCAUGGGUAGGUCUGUAAGAAAACAUAGCAUUGAAAAUACAUUGUCAUCAACAUCACUGGUUGCACACUAAAAUUUCUUGUUUGUCCAAACAAUUAAUCAACAACAAAGGUUAUUCUGUUUAUUGUCAUGAAAAACAUCUUUUAAGGAAAAUGUUUUCAGAAUUAACCAAGGAAUUUAGAAACUUUUACUAAUCAGAAUCACUUUUUAAAUUUUGUAUGUAAAACUGUUUAGGUUUAUCAGAUCUAAAUGUAAAUUUAAUGUAUUUAAAUGUUCAAAGAAGCUUAUUUGAACCAUUGGCUCAUUGUACUAUAUUUAUAGCUUCAUGAAGAAAAAUAAAUCAACAAAAACAAUGACUUAAAGUGACAGUAAAGUUACAACAAAUGAUAUUACAAACAAUGCAAAAAAAGAAAAUAUGCCAAUUCAGAAAUAGGAUUUUAAAAUGAAGUGAAUGUUAAUGUUUGAGUUUUAAAUAAAAAAGUAAAUGCAUGUGUGCUGAUCUCAUAAGAAAUUCAAAUGAAGCAAUCUUCUGAGUUUUUAGAUUUUAAAAAUUGUUGUUGAUCAUUGAAUUAGGACAUUUCAGAGUGUACAUGUCGUAAUGAAGGGACAAACUUCUGUCUGACAGGCUGGUGAGGCGUGUGGACAGGAUGGAGCACUCUAUCGGCAGCAUCGUGUCAAAGAUCGAUGCUGUGAUUGUGAAGCUGGAAUCCAUGGAGAGAGCUAAACUCAAGAGGAGGGAUGUGCUUGUCAGGCUGCUGGAUGGAGUCAUGGAGGUCAGAUACAGCAUAAUAAAAAUUGUGUGCAUAUGCUUACAAGCACUAAAAGCCGUGAUAGAGACAAGAUUUUGAUCAACAACAACAGUGUAUGUCUAGAGAUGUUUGAUACUGGGUUUCCUGUUUACAUGUAAAAAUACUGAGGUGGUUAUUUUGCCUUGUGUGUCAGGAUGAACGCCUGGGACGGGACACAGACGCUCACAGAGAGCAGAUGGAGAUGCUGGUGAGGGAGGAGCUGGAGCGCCUGGAGUCUGAUGAUAUGGUGUCACAGGUCAGCCACCCACAGACAGCAACUCCUGUCAACCCCAGGCCCCGUCCAUCCUCCUCCUUGUCCGCUGACGGCCUUGAUAUGAGUACAAAUGGGAGUGGCCAUGUGUAAAGGCCUUCGCAGCUGAAGAAGCUUUUGCAAAAACAAAACUCUUCCACUGAAAAAUUCCAGGGCAGCAUUACAAACAACUUAAGAGAAGGGACUAUUUUUUGUGGAACAAUAUAAAAUGAAGCUGUUCAGACUUCCUGGUAUAGUAUGUAAGAGGGGACUGAAUCACACUUUGCCUCAACUUACUUCUAUGCACUGAAAGGGACAGAGGGUAUACAGAAAGACAUAGAAACAUACGCAUAUUCACAAACCAGUCACUUAUAGAGACUACAGAAUAAUGAAGGACCUAAAGUUAAGUAUCACACCUCAGUGUGGGACUCAGCAUUGUAUAUAAACACCAGCCUUAAGCAUGUUCAGUCAUACUCAGAAUACUCAGAGUAUGGCUUUACUUUUAUAUGAGCAGCAUGCUCACCUGCUUUUGAUUAAAUCGUUUCAUAUCUUAGAAUUCACACAAACGUCAAAAAGGACUUUUCUAUGACUGAUGACUAUGCUGAUUAUUUUUCACAGUUAUAAAACAAGGUAGGUACAAGUGUGGCAAGUUCUGUCAUAUUUACUCAUUUUCUGUCUAUUAAGUUUGAAUUAAUAGCUUUUUAUCACUUUAUGAUACAUAUUGUAACUUUAAACAAACUUCGAUUUGGAGUGCAUCUAGUGUUCAUGGGAAACCCAUGCAUUUAUUAUUUUUCCCCUGUGCCUUACUUUUUUUAUAUAAGAUUUUCUUCUUUUGUAAUCUUUAUACCAAAUAAAGUUUUAUUGAAAUAUAAA